AUGGCCUCGACCAGUGCUCCCGCAGUCGCAUGCCGCGUCGCGCCGGCGCGCGCAACGACCUCGGUUCUUCCCGCGCACUCGCUGCCGGGCUGCAGGGCUGCGGUGGUGUGGCGGUGCUGGGUCGCGAGGAGGGGGGGACGGAGGCGGUGGGCGGGGCUGCGGGCAAGGUGCCGCAUAAGCUGCGACGGCAGCCAGCCGUCAGCCGUGCAGCCAGAUUCCGAGAGCUCUGGGGAGGGAUUGGUGGCGGAGGAGGACGGGCCGCGGCGGCCGCCGUUCGACAUCAACCUCGCCGUCGUGCUCGCCGGGUUCGCGUUUGAAGCCUACACCAGUCCGCCGGCAGAUGUGGGCUGGCGCGAAACUGAUGCGGCUGACUGUCAGACAGUGUUCCUGUCCGAUGUUUUUCUCCGUGAAGUAUACGAUGGACAGCUAGUCGUCAGGCUGAAGAAAGGCAUAAACCUUCCUGCAAUGGAUCCAUGGGGUACAAGUGAUCCUUAUGUAAUUUUACAACUGAAUGGACAAACUGCAAAAAGCCAAAUUAAAUGGGCGACAAAGGAGCCAACAUGGAAUGAGGAUUUCACAUUUAACAUUAAAAAAUCUCGAGAAAAUCUUCUUCAGGUUGCAGCUUGGGAUGCAAACCUUGUUACCCCACACAAACGCAUGGGAAAUGCUGGAUUAUACCUUGAAUCACUUUGUGAUGGUAACAAUCAUGGUGUUACUGUUGAAUUAGAAGGCCUUGGUGGUGGUGGAACUAUUGAGAUAGAGGUCAAAUACAAGAGUUAUGAUGAUAUCGAGCGUGAAAAACAAUGGUGGAGAAUACCUUUUGUGUCCGACUUUUUUGUGAAGAGCAGCCUGGGAUCUGCUCUUAGAAUGGUUCUUGGAUCUGAAAGUAUAAAUGCAAAAUCCUCAGAUGGCCCAACUAAUUCAAAUGAGCUUCAACAGCAGAAUAUUGAUUCUGAAGACAUUUCAGAUUCUCAUUCUCAUAGUGAAGCUCGAUCUCCUGCUGCAACUGUUAACAGUGAAGGAGAUGCAUCAUCCGAUAUGAAGGAAUCGGAUGAAUACUUUUGGAGAGCUCUGAACAAUGUACUCAACCAAAAUGUACUACAGAACUUUGGAUUUUCUCUUCCCGAGGUCAAGCAAUUGGAUGGAUUUGACCUAUUAAGUUCACUUGGUCUGAAAUCACGCGAAAUUGCUGAACGGGAAUAUUUAGAAUCUGGACUUGCAAUGGCAGAUACUUCAACAAGUGAUGGCAGUGAAACAACUCCUGAAAACACAGUUGGUGUUGAGAAUGAAAAUGGAACAUUGACAACCAAAGAGGAGGUGCAAUCUUCCUUUCCAGACAUAAAUAAAGUAUCUCGGGAUGUAUUGUCUCAAACAGAAAAUAUACUCGGAGCUCUGAUGAUACUUUCUAAAAACUUCUCACCACAUGAUCAGUCAGUAACGACAACUGAAACAAAUGGCAAAGAUGAUAUGAUUAGAGAGCAGCAAGGUGCUUCAGCUGCAGAUUCUGUUCAAAAGGAUGAUGCUGUCGCAUCUACCAUACUGUCCAUUGAUGCACAGAAAGCAGAGGAUAUGCGGAGCCUGUUUGCAAGUGCAGAGACUGCCAUGGAGGCAUGGGCUAUGCUUGCCACUUCACUGGGACGUAACAGUUUCAUCAAAUCGGACUUUGAAAAGAUAUGUUUUCUUGACAAUGUUUCAACAGACACACAAGUUGCCAUAUGGCGUGAUUCUUCUCGAAGAAGGUUGGUUGUUGCCUUUCGAGGAACUGAACAAUCAAGGUGGAAGGAUUUGCGAACUGACUUAAUGCUUGUACCUGCUGGACUAAACCCUGAGAGGCUGGGUGGUGACUUCAAACAAGAAGUUCAAGUUCACAGUGGAUUCUUAGGUGCAUAUGACUCUGUUAGGAACAGGAUCAUGACUCUCAUCAAAUAUGCCGUUGGAUUCCAGGAUGAAGAAGAUGCAGAAACCAUACCUAGUUGGCAUGUUUAUGUGACUGGACACAGUUUAGGUGGAGCACUAGCAACCCUUCUUGCUCUUGAACUUUCAUCAAGUCAAAUGUCCAAGAAUGGUGUCAUAUUUGUGACAAUGUACAAUUUUGGCUCUCCUAGAGUGGGAAAUAGAAGAUUCGCUGAAGUAUACAAUUCGAAAGUAAAGGACAGCUGGAGAAUUGUCAACCACAAAGAUAUCAUUCCAACAGUACCACGUCUUAUGGGCUAUUGCCAUGUGGAAGCACCAGUUUAUCUUAAAUUUGGAGAUGCAAAGAUGCACGGUGUCCAUGUUUUAGUGUACCAGAUCCCCAGCUGUCACCAAAAACAUAAAAUUGCAUUUGUAUGUGAUACAGAUGAAAGGCGAGAAGCAACUCGUGGAAAAACUACUGCAAACAGAAAUAAAUCUACUCCGCUCAAUCAGGGAUGGUUCGGCUCUUAUGCAGCACAUGGAAGACUUCUACUAUGUCACCCUUCUUGA